GGUGCGGCUCAGUCUCCCAGAGGUCGCAACCGUUGAUGCAAAAGAAGAAGAAGACGAAGGGAAAAAAAAGGGGGUUAAAAUUCCAUGGCAAAUCUGAAAUCUCCCACGCGCACCCCGCACAUCACACAGAGUCACACUCACUCUCUGCAGCUGCAGCUGCAGCCACUGCCACUGCCGCUCUUGUCCUGACCCAGCCGCUCCAGCUCGUCAUCCCAUCUUGUCCAUCCACCCAGAGGAGGAGGAGGCACGCAGAAGGAUCUCCCCCUCGUUGCUGCCGUGGGCUGCCAGCUUCUCCCUGCUGCUGCUGCUGGUGCUGGUGGUGGUAGAUUCUUUCAUCGUCAUGGAGGCGGCGGCGGCGGCGGCGGCGGCGGCCGUGGUGCUUCUCAUGUCGUCCAGCCUCGUCGCUUCAGAUUGGUGCGUGUGCAGGUCGGAUCAGCCGCAGGCGGCGCUGCAGAAGACCAUCGACUACGCGUGCGGGGCGGGGGCGGACUGCAACUCCAUCCACGAGCAGGGGCAGUGCUUCAACCCCAACACCGUCGUGGCGCACUGCUCCUGGGCGGCCAACAGCUACUUCCAGAGGAACAGGGCGAUGGGCGCCACCUGCGACUUCACCGGCACCGCCACGCUCACCACCAGCGACCCAAGUGUUUCUGGCUGCUCCUUCCCUGCUAGUGCAAGCGCUGCUGGAACGUCAACCACUCCGAUCACUGGAGGCACAACUGGAACAAUGACUCCAGGAACCUUCACACCCGGUACUGGUACCGGCACAACCACCGGCACCGGCAUGGGGACAGGGACUACCACUGGCACUGGGCUGGGCGGGCUAGGGCCAACAGGCACAGGCAACAUGGACACCGCGGCAGCUGGGUUGAAUCCAAGAGCUGGGCUAGCCACCUUCUGUGCCGUGCUCCUCUCGCUCAUCGCGUUCGCAUGAGAUCGUCCGUCCCCUUGAAGCGACGCUCCUAUUCGCCGAUAGAAAGAAACCGGUUUCUGUGACCUUGUUGCAGGAGUAAUGUGGUCUGUGAAGAAGAAGAAAAAAGGAUUGAACAGAGACCUGACCUGAUCCUUCUGAAGAUGUCAUCCCGUCCGAAAACCCACUAUUGCCUGCUGCUUGUUUGGUGCCAAUGGGUGUUUUGUGUGGGGUGCUCCUUUUUCAUGUUGCGUACUGUGUAAUCUGGUAGGAUGUCUGUCACUUUCAUGCAAGGACUGCCUUUCGUUCUCUUUUUUCUUUUGCCCAUCUUUUAUUAUCUUGUAAAUCUAGGGAAACCAGUAGGUAGGUUCAAGGUUGGUUGGCUGGAAUGAAAUGUUGUUGGGACAAUGCCAUCUUAUGCUGUUAUCAACUUAUCACCAAGUUGCUCAUCCCUGAUGACGAUGUGGCUCACAUCCUUUGG